UAGACAAAAUCUUGUUGAAAUUAAUUUCUUGUGUGUUCACAAGAAACUUAGAAGUAAAAGAUUAGCACCUGUGUUAAUUAAAGAAAUUACACGUAGAUCUCACCUACAAGGAAUAUUUCAAGCUGUUUACACUGCUGGAGUUGUAUUACCAAAACCUAUUUCCAAGGCAAGAUAUUUUCAUAGAUCUCUUAAUCCAAAGAAAUUGGUUGAAACAAAUUUUUCACGCUUACCACAAAACAUGCCAUUAUCACGAUAUGUUAAAAAAUAUAAAGUGUCAACUAAAACUGUAACACCUGGAAUUAGAGAAAUGUUAGAAGAAGAUGCUUCAGCAGUUAGAAAUUUAUUAAAUUCAUACAUGGAAAAAUUUGAUUUUGUGCCUGAAUUUAAAAAUGAUGAUGAAAUCAAACAUUGGAUUUUACCCAGAGAAAAUGUUGUCUGGUCAUAUGUUGUUGAGGAUACAGAAACUAAAGAAAUCACAGACUUUUUUUCAUUUUAUUAUUUACCUUCAUCAGUUAUUGGUAAUCCAACACAUAAAACUAUAAAUGCAGUUUAUCUUUUUUAUUAUGCAAUUAAAGAAACAGAUGAAGAAGGAAUUAAAGGAAAAUUGCGGUCAUUAAUGAAAGAUGCUUUGAUUUUGGCUAAAUUAAAAAAUGUUGAUGUUUUUAAUUGCCUUGAUAUUAUGGAUAAUAAAGUAUUUAUUAGUGAUCUUAAAUUUGGUGCAGGUGAUGGAUAUUUAAAUUAUUAUAUGUAUAAUUGGAGAUGUAAAGAUACAACAA